AUGUCCACGGAAGAUUUACCCCGGCACAUGCGCUCACCAGGCGAAGAUGGAUACCGAACCCCCACCAUCGAAGAUGCAGAACGUGCCCUCUCAAUCCUAGGUGCCACCGAGGGAAGCCCAUCCCAAGUGCGCGAAGCUCAUUCCAGUGCGCUAGAGGCGGCCCUAAAUCGAGCUUCAACGCGGGGCACCGUAGCCUCUGAAAAACCAAAGAAUAAUGCCUGUCAUGAACAUAAUGGGCUGGGGCUGUUUGGGCUCAAACGCACCGUCUCAGGCGAGAUGAGUUGGAAAAAGCGUAUUCGACAUGUUACUUGGGCUUAUUUUACUCUUACCAUGGCGACGGGUGGGUUGGCGAAUGUUAUAUAUCAAGUUCCCUUCCAGUUCAGAGGACUGCAAACUAUUGGCAUUGUGGUCUUCCUGAUCAAUAUUGCAGCAUACUUAAUCAUCUGGGCUCUUUUGCUCGUCCGAUUCUACUAUUACCCAUACACAUUCAAGGCAUCAUUUAUGCAUCCGACAGAAUCUCUCUUCGUGCCUGCUUCCAUCGUCUCAUUCGGGACAAUCCUGAUUAACAUAUCUCAAUACGGUCCUGAAAAUACAGGCCCGUGGCUGAUGCGCGCAGUCUGCGUUCUAUUCUGGAUUGACGCCGCUCUCGCAGUCAUGUUCUCUGCGGGUAUUUACCUGCUUCUAUGGUCUACGCAGACCUUCACCAUCGCUCAAAUGACUCCGAUCUGGAUCUUCCCCGCUUACCCGAUGCUUAUUAUCGGUCCUCAUGCGGGUGUUCUGAGUGGGAAGCUCGAGCCGGCAGAUUCGCUUCCUGUCAUUAUUGGCGGGACGACGAUUCAGGGCGUUGGGUUCUUGGUUUCGUUGAUGGUGUACUCGGCUUUCAUCUACAGACUUAUGACGCAGAAACUGCCGAGAGAGAACAUUCGUCCUGGUAUGUUUGUUUCGGUGGGACCUAGUGGAUUCACAGUGGCGGGACUUGUAAACAUGGCCGCUGAGGCAAAGAGGUCCUUCCCUGCGGAUUUCAUGGGCAAUGGAGCGCUGGCCGCCGACGUGCUAAAGAUUGUGGCUGAUUUCUCUUGUCUUUGGUUAUGGGGAUUGGCGAUCUUCUUCUUCAUCAUUGCUAGUGCUGCGCAUUGGUCGGCCAUCGGCCAUGGGCGAAUGGUCUUCUCCAUGACUUGGUUCUCGUUUAUUUUCCCCAACACUGCCUUGAUCACUGCUACCUUUGCCAUUGGCAAGGCUUUCUCUUGCAAACCUAUUAACAUCAUUGGAUGCGUGAUGAUCCUUCCUCUGCUGUUGAUGUACUUCUUUGUGUGCUAUAUGAUGGUUCGGGCUAUAUUGAUGCGGCAGAUUCUCUGGCCCCAGAAGGGUGAGGACAGAGACGAAGGUGGUUUCGAGAUCAUUCGUGUUAAGCCGGCCAACUUGACAACUGGUAGUCCUAGUUCAUAG